AUGGUGCUUUGGCGCUGUCUUUAUUUUCCUCCUGUCAGCACAAUGGAGGAACCUGCAAAAAAGAAACAACGUCUUGAGAAUAGUAAUGAUGGAAGAGAAUCAUUCACUGAUAUACAAUGUUUUCAGAAUAGUUUAUUAGCUCAGUGUUUAUGCAACAUACCAGAGAGUAGUUUGCGCAAACCAUUUACCACUGCAACAGUGGAGAUGGCAGAUGGUAGUUUUCGUCCUAUAGUAUUAUCCGAAUGGGAACCUGAUCAAACAUUGGAGUUUCUAAGCGCCUUGCAGCUUCUUUUCGACUUGGCCAUCAAACAGAAUACAAGGGGUGUUAUGUGCAGUAGAGUUGCAGAUGUUUGUGAUGCAUUAGCACGAAAUGAACAUGGUAUUAUAGAUCAAAUCAUUGAUCUUUCAAGUACAACCAAUAAGUUUAUAUCAUUUGUCGCAAGCAGAGUUUUGGCUUCAUUUUUUAUUGUAACAAAGGACAAUAUUGAAGUUGCUUGGUUGGAGAGACUUACUCAAUCUUUAGUGAAUACUCACUCUCCCAGUCAAAUGGUAUUCACUUUGGAUAUUGUGAAAAGAGUGGUAGAACAUAAAGAUUGCAGCAUUCAUCCAUUGGAAGAGACAGACAGUUUAGUGCCACCGUCCAGUUGUAAUACUAUAACAAUAUCAGACACAGAAAGUUUUGAUAGUACUUCGAUAAAAGCUAUGUGUGUUAAAGUACUAGAAUCUAAAUGGACUAUAUUAGUAUCCAAAUUUGAUGCAAUUCUUGCCUCAUACACACCACAGCAUGAGUCUGCUGUUGUAACAUUUCUAGAUUUAUGGGAAUCAAUAAUUUCUGUAAAAGCUAAUUUAUCGGUUAUCGAUACUAAGCUUUUUUAUUCUCAAUUAGACAAUUUGGUUUUGUUGCUGAAUGCCAAUGUUCCAGGUAUAAUCUGGAGACAUCUUUUAGGAUUGUUUAAUGAAGUAUUAUGUUAUGGUAGUACAUUAGCACUACAAGAUGUCUUACCUGAUGAACCUUGCUCUCUAGCACAUUUAAUUGUUCGUGCUGUUAAAGAUUGGAGAUUAUUAGAUUCCUUGCCUUAUCGUCAUGGAUCUGGAAGAUUUGGAGGUGGUUCUGGCGAAGGAGACAGACCACUUCUUCAGAAAAUUGUGCUCUUAGUUUUAAAAAGUGUUGCAGUGACUGUUAAGGAAACACGCAGUGAUUCUAGUGAUUCUUCUUUAGGCUCAGAGGCAGAAGAUCUUGAUGCUGACAUGGCAGUUAUUGAAAGAAGUAUCAGAGAAGUUUUAAGACAGCUAGAUCAAUGUGUCAAAACAUUAAUGCCUUUCCAUCCAGAAAUGCCAUUAUCACAAUGGGUUGUACAAAUGUUUCAUGAUCAAGAUGACUUCCUGAUAGAAGGCAUGGUCUGUUGCCUUGAUGUAGCAGUUGGUCUUUUUUAUAGAGGACCACCACAAAAUGAUUUAGGUCAUAUGCUUAGUCCAACAUUAACAUUUAUACAAUUCAUACAUGCUGUAUCUCAUGAUCCAGAUGUUUUAUUAGACUUACUUGUUAGUAAUGAAACUUGUUUUUUAUUGUAUUUACUAAGAUUCUUGAAGUAUAUCAGAAGAAAUUGGCCAGAAUUUGUAUCAUGUUGUGGUAGAGAGUUGGAUGAUACCAUGACAAUAUUAAUAAGACUUCGAUUGGCAAUAGACAGAUUAGUGUCUAAAGCUUUGUUUCCCUAUAACAUCAAUCCAGUUCUCCGUUUAUUAGAAAAAUGUGAAUCCUUUUAUGAAGGUAACAUAGAUAAUUAAUCUUCAAACUGGGGAGAAAUUUUUGAUUGGUGAAUAUAGAUAUACGAAAUUUAUUUCAAUUAAAAAUAAUAUGGUACAGAUAGAGAGCGAAAAUUUUGGUAAGAAUAAGAAUUAAUAAGUAUAAUGCUUUCUUAUUAAAUGUGAGAAAGAAAUUCUUUUAAUUUAUUAACUCAUCCUCCCUGGUUAAGAGGUUAAUUGAUGACUGUAUUAUAAUGAUAUAAAAUGUUAAAACUUAAAUAUUAUUAGCUUAAUGUGUACAAAACUGUUAAGAUAUUUGCAGAUUUCUUCGGUAAGAAGUAAUCUGCAGCAUGUAACUUGGGUGCACUUUUGGUAUAAAGACAAAAUGUACUGUUUAUAUGAUAAUAUAAAGUUUUAGAUUUGUAAAAUAUGAUGCAACCGAUCAAAUUUUGUUAAAUCUUGUUUCAUAUCAUUAGUGCAGCAGCAUGCAUUUAACAUAUUACUAUUUAUAAAAAAAAAAUAUAAACACAUUAUAUUUUAUAUUAAUUAAUAGCUGUAAAGCACAAUUGUACAGAUCUUUAAAUAUCUUUCUAAAAAGUGACUGACUUGUAACUAUUUCUCAAUACAAUAUUGUUUGUCAUCUAUGUUCAAACUAAGGAAAGUGUAUUUUUAUUUAUUAUCAUUAGUUUAAAUUGUAUGCAGUCACUAUCAAUCUUUUAUUUUAUAUAAAAUAUCUUCUCUUUAUAGUUGAAAUGUAGAAAUCCAGUAGAAUAAAGUAGUACAAAGGUGAUCAUAAAUCACAUUCUCUAGAAAAAACUGCACACACAUGGUGCUAUAAAUAAUACAUUUCCCAAAGCACUAUUAGACGAUGUACCUACAUGUAUGAAAUAUGCAAAUACUUAAGGACAAAUAAGUUCAAGUAAUUAUCACAACAAGAAAAAAAUAUGCAAUUAAUAUGGAUAAAAAAUUAAGUACUUGAUUUUAUAUGACAAAUAUGUAAAUUAAAAUUCAUGAUGAUUCUACUAUACAUUUAAAAAUUAUCAACUAAUAUUUAUUAGAUAAAAAUGAUGAAAAACGAAGUGUUAAACAAUUUCUGUAGUAUUUCGAAGGGAUUUUUUUUUUAUGUAAAUAAUAGUUGUAAUGAGUAUUAAUUAUAUGUAUGUAUAUAAGCUCAACUAUGUAAGUACACUACAUGUAAUGCACUAAAGUUUGAAAAUUUUUACUUUUGUAAUUACUUUGAGUUUUAUUUUGACAUCCUAUAUUAUGUUAUUUACUCUU